CUGUCCCUCAGUCGGUCGGGAUUUCGGAACCUCACGGGAGAGGGUUUUCGUGGAUAAACCGACACAUUUUGGGAGGAGAUACCGAGUCAUAUGGUCACAUAAACGCGAAAACGAGCUGCUUUAUCCCGUAUUUCACCAUGGAAACUGAACUAUGAGGUGUUGUGUCGUGCAGAAGACUGAGUGAACCAUGGCGCAGUUCCCCACUUCAUUCACAGGUCCAGAUGUGUUUCUGAUCUCAGUGGAUGAGAGAGCCAAACAUGAUCAGCAGUUUCUCAGCCUCUCCCCCACCGCCGGCGGUUACAUCACAGGCGACCAAGCCAGGAACUUCUUCCUCCAAUCAGGCCUGCCUCCUCCCAUCCUGGCCCAAAUCUGGGCUCUGGCUGAUAUGAACAGUGAUGGCCGUAUGGACAUCCACGAGUUCUCCAUCGCCAUGAAACUCAUCAAACUGAAACUCCAGGGUCACCCGCUCCCCCCCGCACUUCCUCCCAGUAUGAUACAACCUCCGCUGACGCUACCCCCACAGGGCGGCUUCGGCAUGCCUCCCCUCUCAGCCGUGCCUCCUCUCCCCCUGCCGCCUCUCCCGGUCGGGGUGUCUCCCCCACUGGUCUCGUCCAUCCCGCCUCCCCUCCCCCCACCCAUCGCCAAUGGAGCCCCUCCCACAGGCAUGAUGCAGCCCAUCUCAGGCUUCCCCCUCCCAGCGCCCUCUGUCAACAAGUCGGCGUCUUGUAAUCGUUCCAGCAACAAGCUGCAGAAGGGGCCGUCUGUGGACGUUGCUAGUGUUCAGCCCCCCUGUGAUUGGGCUGUUCCUCAGUCCUCCAGGCUGAAGUACAGACAGCUUUUUAACUCCCAUGAUAAGAUGAUGAGUGGACACCUCACAGGUCCUCAGGCGCGCACUAUCCUGAUGCAGUCCAGUCUUCCUCAGGGCCAGCUGGCCACCAUAUGGAGUCUCUCAGACAUCGACCAGGAUGGAAAGCUGACGGCUGAGGAGUUUAUUUUAGCCAUGCACCUCAUAGAUAUGGCCAUGUCAGGGUUACCGUUACCACCUGUGUUACCACCAGAUUACCUCCCACCCACAUUCAGGCGCGUGCGGAGUGACAGUGUUCAGUCGGAUCAGAAGAGCGUCCAGGAGGAGCCGGAGGAGGAGCCGGAGAGCAGCAAGACACUUCCAGUGACGUUUGAGGAUAAGAAGAGGGAGAACUUUGAGCGCGGGAACCUGGAGCUGGAGAAGAGGCGUCAGGCUCUGCAGGAGCAGCAGAGGAAGGAGCAGGAGAGGCUGGCUGCUCUGGAGAGGGAGGAGCAGGACAGGAAGGAGCGCGAGCGUCUGGAGCAGGAGAGGCGGCGACAACACGAACUGGAAAAACAGCUGGAGCGACAGAGAGAGCUGGAGAGGCAGAGGGAGGAGGAGAGGCGCAAGGAGAUCGAGAGGAGAGAGGCUGCCAAGCGUGAGUUGGAGCGGCAGCGUCAGUUGGAGUGGGAGCGUCAGCGUCGCCAGGAGCUCCUGACUCAGAGGAACCGCGAGCAGGAGAGCAUCGUGCUGCUCAAAGCCAGGAAGAAAACUCUUGAGUUCGAACUGGAGGCAUUGAACGAUAAGAAGUCCCAGCUGGAGGGCAAACUGAAGGACGUUCGGUUCCGUCUGUCGGCUCAGCGGAGGGAGGUGGAGCAGACCAAUCAGACGAGGGAAACGCGCAUCGCUGAGAUCACUCUGCUACAACAGCAGCUGCAGGACUCCCAGCAGUGGUUGGGGAGGUUAAUCCCCGAUAAGCAGUGUCUCAACGACCAGCUGAAGCAGGUGCAACAGAACAGUUUGCAUCGUGACAGCCUGUCGUCGCUGCAGAAGGCGGUGGAGCAGAAGGAGAGCAGCAGACAGCAGCUCAGAGAACAGCUGGAUGCUGUGGAGAGAGAGACCCGGGCCAAGCUGCUGGAAAUAGACGCUUUCAACACCCAGCUGAAGGAGCUGAGGGAGAUCCACAGCCGGCAGCAAAGGCAGAAACAGAGGGAUCUGGAUGGGGACACACACUCACUGACGCACACACACCCUCACUUACACACACCCAACGAGAGGAAGUCUGCCGAACUGCAGGAUGGCAGGUUGUCAGCAGAGGAGGGUUUGUCCUGGAGAGAAGACGCAGGAAGUUCUGCGUCCAACGAUCCCACGCCCCCUGCCGUCUCUGCACCCCACGCCUGGCUCAACAGAGUCACUCUCGAAGAGGAGGAGAGGAAGAGGAGAGGGAUGAUGGAGGAGGAAGAGGAUGAGGAGCAGGAUCUGAAGGGAGCAGCAGGGUCUUCGGAGGAGAAGGAGGACGAGGGGAGAGGGAAGAAGGACAUGCACGAGAAACUGAGCAAGCUGUUCAGCCAGCCGGGAGAUCCCUGGGGCUCAUCGGUGGAGAAGGGUCCGGUGCCCAACCUGUUCGAGCAGAAGACUCCGGUCAGCAGCUUCGACCAGCAGCCGUCGGUGAAGGUGGUUUACUACAGAGCUCUGUAUCCGUUUGACGCUCGCAGCCAUGAUGAGAUCAGCAUCGCUCCGGGAGAUGUGAUCAUGGUCGAUGAAUCUCAGACGGGUGAACCUGGUUGGCUGGGAGGAGAGCUCAGGGGCCGCACCGGUUGGUUUCCCGCCAAUUACGCUGAACGGAUACCGGACAGUGAAGCGCCAAUCACCCUGCGAUCAACCGCCUCAGCCCCGCCCACUUCAGCCCAGCAGCCAAUGAGCACGCCUCCUCCCGCACCGGGACACGCCUCCUCCUCCACGUCCUCCGCCAACAGUAACUGGGCCGACUUCAGCACCACUUGGCCCUCUAACACAGCCAGCCAAUCAGAAAGUGAGGGCUGGGACGCAUGGCCCACCUCUACGACCAAUCAGAAUCCUUCCCUCAGUGUUCCAUCGGCGCAGCUACGGCAACGCUCCGCCUUCACACCCGCUACCUUGACGACGGGCUCCUCUCCUUCUCCUGUGCUGGGCCAGGGGGAGAAGGUGGAGGGUCUUCAGGCUCAGGCUUUGUAUCCCUGGAGGGCGAAGAAGGACAACCACCUUAACUUCAACAAAAAUGAGAUCAUUACGGUGCUGGAGCAGCAGGACAUGUGGUGGUUAGGUGAACUGCAGACCGGACAGAGAGGCUGGUUCCCCAAAAGUUACGUCAAGCUCAUCUCCGCCAACAUGACGCCCCCCCCUGGUGCCAUCGCACGCAGCAAAAACCCCAGUGAAUCAGGAGUAUCGGAAAGCCCCCCCAAUGGAAAGCGCCCCUCCCCUUCGCCAACAAAACCCUCCGAGUCUGGAGAAGAAUAUGUGGCCAUGUACACGUACGAGAGCAGCGAACAGGGAGACCUGAGCUUUCAACAGGGAGAUGUCGUCAUGGUGACCAGGAAAGAAGGUGAUUGGUGGACGGGGAUGGUCGGGGGAAAGAUUGGAGUCUUUCCGUCAAAUUAUGUGAAACCGCGCGACUCGGCGUUAGAGCCUUUGGGACCAGGAGGGAAGACGGGCAGCCUGGGAAAGAAACCAGAGAUCGCUCAGGUGAUCGCCCCCUACAGCGCCACAGGAGCAGAGCAGCUGACGUUAGCGCCGGGUCAGCUCAUCCUCAUCAGGAAAAAGAACCCGGGGGGCUGGUGGGAGGGUGAGCUGCAGGCCCGGGGGAAGAAGCGGCAGAUUGGUUGGUUUCCGGCCAAUUACGUGAAGCUGCUGAGUCCCAGUACCAGCAAGACGACACCCACAGAGCCCACCCCCCCUAAACUGGCUCCGGCCAGCACAGGUACUCACACAGCUGUGUGUCAGGUGAUCGGGAUGUACGACUACGUGGCGCAGAACGACGACGAGCUGGCCUUCCUCAAGGGUCAGGUGAUCACCGUGCUCAACAAGGACGACUGUGAUUGGUGGAAAGGGGAGCUAAACGGGAGGGAGGGGCUGUUUCCUAGCAACUACGUCAAACUCACCACGGAUACCGACCCCAGCACGCAGUGGUGCGCUGACCUCCACCUGCUGGACAUGCUGAGCCCGAUGGAGAGGAAGAGGCAGGGGUACAUCCACGAGCUCAUCGUCACCGAGGAGAACUACGCCAACGACCUGCAGCUCGUCACAGAGAUCUUCCACAAACCUCUGCUGGAGUGCGAGCUGCUGACGGAGAAGGAGGUGGCGAUGAUCUUCGUCAACUGGAAGGAGCUCAUCAUGUGCAACAUCAAGCUGCUCAAGGCUCUGAGGGUGAGGAAGAAGAUGUCAGGUGACCGGAUGCCGGUGAAGAUGAUUGGUGACAUCCUGACCAAUCAGCUGCCUCACAUGCAGCCAUACAUCAGAUUCUGCUCGUGUCAGCUGAACGGAGCCACGCUGAUUCAGCAGAAAACAGACGACAACCCUGAGAUCAAAGACUUCCUGAAGAGAUUAGCGAUGGAUCCGCGCUGUAAAGGGAUGCCUCUCUCGAGCUUCCUGCUCAAACCCAUGCAGAGAGUCACCCGCUACCCUCUCAUCAUCAAGAACAUUAUAGAAAACACUCCAGAGUCUCAUCCCGACAACAGCCACCUGAAAGCUGCUCUGGAGAAAGCUGAGGAACUGUGCUCGCAGGUGAACGAGGGCGUCAGGGAGAAGGAGAACUCCGAUCGUCUGGAGUGGAUUCAGGCUCACGUCCAGUGUGAAGGCCUGUCGGAGCAGCUGGUGUUUAACUCGGUCACAAACUGUUUGGGUCCGAGGAAGUUCCUCCACAGCGGGAAGCUGUUCAAAGCAAAGAGCAGCAAGGAGCUGUACGGCUUCCUGUUCAAUGACUUCCUGCUGCUCACACAGGUGACCAAACCUCUGGGCUGGUCUGGUUCAGACAAAGUGUUCUCCUCGAAAACACACCUGCAGUACCGCAUGUACAAGACGCCGAUCUUCCUGAAUGAGGUGUUGGUGAAGCUGCCCACAGACCCGUCCGGAGACGAGCCGCUGUUCCACAUCUCUCACAUCGACAGGGUCUACACACUGCGAGCCGAGAGCAUCAACGAGAGGACGGCGUGGGUUCAGAAGAUUAAAGCCGCUUCAGAGCUCUUCAUCGAGACGGAGAAGAAGAAGAGAGAGAAAGCGUAUCUAGUGCGCUCUCAGAGGGCGACAGGAAUCGGCCGACUGAUGGUCAACAUCGUGGAGGGCAUCGAACUGAAACCCUGUCGCUCACAUGGAAAGAGUAACCCAUACUGUGAGGUAACCAUGGGUUCACAGUGCCAUAUCACAAAAACAUUACAGGACACAUUGAAUCCGAAGUGGAACUCCAAUUGUCAGUUUUUUAUAAAGGACCUGGAGCAGGACGUCCUGUGUGUCACUGUGUUCGAACGAGACCAGUUUUCUCCUGACGACUUCCUGGGCAGGACAGAGAUCCGAUUGGCGGAAAUAAAGAAGGACCAGGGCUCUAAAGGACCAAUCACGAAGCGGUUGCUGCUCCACGAGGUUCCUACAGGAGAGAUUGUGGUCAGGCUCGACCUCCAGCUGUUUGAAGAACCGUAAAAAUAAUAUUAAAAACCUGGACAGGAUCAGACUGGACUGGAUUGGACCGGAUGAAACCACACUGAUAAAAUGUGGAGCUGGAUUAGACUGGACUGGAAUAUUUAUAUUAGUUUGUUUUACUUAAUUUCUUUUAGAGCUUACAUGAUGUUUAUAAUAGUUGUGCAUAUCAGUCACUUUUUUGGGGUCAUUUGGUUAAUUUGGGGAUUUACACCACCAUUAUACAAUAUUAACAUUGGUCAUAUAGUGCUACUCAAUGUUGCAACCCUGUUUUGUGUCAAAAUUGAGUUGUAACCCCCAUUAUUUUAGUGUAUUUUAUGCUCAAUUUGUGCAAUUUACUAAUAUUACAAAUUAAAUGACCAGAAAGUGACUGACGGACCGAUACUCUGGGCUGGUUGGUGUCUUCAAACCAGAAAACAAGGCAUAGCAAUACAGAAAUACAUCUGUAAAGACAUUCUCAACUAGCCUCAAUGUCAUUUAGCCGCAAAAGAUGAAAACUGGAGUGGCAUUAGUCGUCUAAAUGUACGUGCUAGUCAUUUGAAACAAUGCUUUAUCCUGAAGGCAGACAGCGCAGUGUGCAAAUGUUCCUCUUUUUAAAUACACAUUUUUAUGUAGUUUGCGCAAAGUCAAACGUCACAAAUAACUACAUAUCAGCUUUCUGAGAUUAACGUGUGAUGCAAUUUUAGGUCUUUUGCUAAGUUUGAAUUUAUCAGGUCUUAAAAAUGUGUUGCUGGUUAGAGAUCGUACCAGUUGUACAGGCCAGAACCAAAUGGGAGAUUUUAAAAGGCAGCUCUUAUAUUGCUCUCCACUGAGUCAUUUUGUGUAUUUCCAGUCCAGUCUACGUCUGCCCUCCUAUGUUUUAGUGUCUACUCCGAUGAAUCCAGUCCAGUCCUCGAUAUCACCCGGGUUUUUCCUCCUCCUCUGCUUCAGCCUCACAGACACUCCAGUGACAAUCCCAGCUCUCCUUCUACUCCCUUAAAAAACAAACCGUGUGUGUGUGUGUGUGUGUGUGUGUGUGUGUGUGUGUGUGUGUGUGUGUGUGUGUGUGUGUGUGUGUGUGUGUGUGUGUGUGUGUGUGUGUGUGUGUGUGUGUGUGUGUGUGUGAACGACUGUAUGAGUGUUGAUGUGCGGACAGGCUAAUUAUAGGUACGAUUCAGUGUACAUUUUUAUUUUGUUUUCUAACUUCAGAGUCUUAAGUGAAACUCCUCUUUCUGCUGGGAGUGAAUGCAUGUAAAGGGACUUUAAUUGGAAUUUUUGGCGCUUUCAUUGACACUUGUCGUGUCGGAAAUGCUAAUAUGUACAGAUCUAAUGUGAAACGAUGCUAAUAAGCUGAAAAAAAUGAAGUAAAGUGUCCCUUUAUCAUGUUUCAAAUAUAAUAUAAUAUGCUGGAACACACAGGGAACAGGUGACAGCUAAUAUACAUUAAGGUACGGUAAAGAAAGAUGUCUUAAAAGCUGUUGUUAAAGUGGCUGUCACUAUAUAUGCAGGGGAACUCUGAACAUGCAAGGUAGUACUGACCUUUUUCUUAUAGUAGACAUCCUUUUAGACCAUUACCACACUCCAACCCUGAGGAAGAUACUGUAUGUGUAAAUUACAAAGUUACUGUGUUGGCACUCCCAGCACUUUUAAAACGCACACACUGUCACUGGUAUUAGAGCAGAGCAGGACUCAAUGUUGCAUAGCGGCCAAUUUGAAUAGUCAAAGUAGAAAUUUGCUAAUAUUGAACGUAAAGCAUAAUGCAUAAAUGUUUGUUUUGUUUCUUAUAAUUGAUCAUUUAUUGUCAAAAAGUACUGGAAUUUAAAGGAAAUGUAAAUCAAACAACAGGAAUUACCGUUUGGGACUACUUUCCGUGGCGGAUGAAUCCACAUUUAGCUCGCUUGUAAAUAUUAGGUAGAAAUUGGAGCUUCUAUGGAACAGAUAAAGAUAGUACUUAUAAAGAAAGUAUAGAAUAGCAUCUGCCCCAUCCUCUUAAGGCAAUUUAUUAAAUAAAACUGCAGAUUAUUUACCAGUUUUGAGAAUAAAUGCUGUGGUGGCUGCUUAACAUGUGCACGAACAUUGGCUAGCUAGUAAGCUAAAGGCUAUGGUAUCUCAUUUCAGCUCCAAAUAUUCAUGUUUAUUCAAAUAUUUAUAAAACUAAUUCCUUUAAAUAACUUGUAGUUGCGUCCUACAAGAUGUUUGUGUGUUUGUUUUUAUUUAAUUAAUGUGAAAACUACUGAAAUUAAGAGAAAGGGUUUAGCAUGGAACCCGGUACAUUUUGGAGCAAACCAUAAUCACGGGGGUGGUCACAGAUUAUAUUUGAUUUAUUUAUCAGUGGGUGGAUAUGGCAUUUGGCCUUGAUGGACGCCUGAGUUCUUUGAGUACCAUUGUAAUUUUUUAUUUGUUUAUACAAUUGAGUAUUUAAAACAAAUAUUAAGUGUUUGUAUAGUUUUUUUAAAUGUUGUUUACUACUGAUGCCUUCACAUGGGGUUGUGUUGGUUUGUUCUGGAAAACGUGCCAAUUUGUCCAGUUUUGUUUACAUAAAAUAGAAACAACAAAUCACUAAUUUGGAAAGUAAGGCAUCAAUUGCAUUCAAUCACUUAAUUUCCUUUGUUUGAAAACACUCAAACACACACGUUUCUCUGAAUGCAGCAUCAUUUCUUCCUAUGAGUAUUCAAAGUGGCCGCUGCAUUAGCCAGUUGGACAGGUAACGUUGCUGUAGAUAUGUUAGCUAGUGAGCUAAUUGGCUGCUUUUUAAUUCAAUGCCACGGUUACUGAAUUCCCACUGAGACAACCUAUAGUUACCUGAGUGACCAGCCACUGUCCAAUCAGAAGUCAGCUUGACCUGAGGAAGGUGUGAUCGAAUGAUUGUGUUUCCCCUGAAGAUGCAUUUGUCUUAAACCCCUCCUCCUCUUCUUCCUCUCCACACUGUUCUGAAACUGAUCCAGUUUGAACCCGUUCUAACUGUCCACCUACCAGGUUGUGUAUAAUACUACUGCUAUCUGAGAGUUAAUAUAUGAGCGCUACAGGGGGCCAUAGAGACAGCCUGCUGUUAAUUAUCACUGUAGAAGAAGAGAUGUACGUUGUUGUCUUUAAUGUUCAGAAUAAAAUUCAGUUGGACCAAGA